AUGGUUUCGCUGACGCCGAAGAUGUUUCUAGAUGUGAGCGGUUACUCAAGGAAUGUACAGACCAGGUACACAAGCCAAGGAAGAAAAGGCAGCCCAAGCCCUCGUGAGUUGUUUCUCGUCCUCAAGGAGCCCAUUCUUCACCUUCUCGUCGCCAUGGAAUUCGUUGAUCCUAGGGAGCUAAUGCUGGACCCUAGACGCACCGCACAAAUCGAGGAGCGUUUGAACGGCUUGGUGAGCCUGCUGCAAGCAUCAGGAGAGCUGCCACACCAGGCCCAAGGCCAACAGGAUGGCAGCACUCCUGGUGACUACGAUGACUCUAACCUUACAUCAUCGCAGAUGACCGAUUCGCCCAUGGCCAACAAUACAGUUCAAGUCGAGAAGCAACCGUCGCCGAAAGAAUGGCACAUCCCAUCCACAUACAACUGCUUUGGGGCAGCAAACUGCAUCUGCCGCCCAGAACCGGGUGAUGCGCCUCCGCCCCCAGAAACUGACGAUGUCUGCUUAGAGACGUACAAGACUCAAUUGCAGCACCUGUAUCCAUUUAUCGUCAUCUUGCCAAGUGUGACAGCGGCCCAACUUGGCGCAUCACGCCCAUUCCUCAUGUCGGCUAUUCGCAUGGUUACUUCGUUUCGCAGUUUACGAUCCAUGAGAGCGCAGAUGUACGCACUGAAGAAGCAUAUUUCCGAUUAUAUGCUGAUUCGCUCGGAGCGGUCGAUGGAUCUCCUUCUGGGCAUCAUUGUGAUUCUUGGCUGGUACCAGUAUCAUUGCUUUGCCCAUGCCCAACUACAUAACUUGCUCUCACUUGCAAUUUCUCUGGUUGGGGAGAUGGGACUUAAUCGUCAUCCCGUCAUUCACGAGGGCACUAGGCUGAUGGCCGCUCAGCCGCCGGCACCCUCUGCGCGAAAUAGUGAAGAGCAGCGCGCCUUUCUUGGCGUCUGGUUUCUCGCUUCUUCAAUGUCGACCGUUUUUGGGAGAAUUGAUCCCAUGCGUUAUACCUCAUAUGUCAAGGAUUGCAUCGCACUUCUCGCGUCGAAUAAGGAAUAUGAGACGGAUGUCAAUCUUGUAUUCCUAUUACGCAUUCAGCAUUUGACGCAGCGCAUUUCCGAACUGAAUCCACGAGACAACACCAUCGAGGAGUUCACAAGCAUCCCCAAAGCACCAGCAGCUGUAUAUAUAUCCGCUUUCCAAAAUGAGCUCGAUGAGCUACGAGCCAAGUUACCGGAUCAUCUCAGGAACGACAGCAUCAUAGCGAUGUACUUUAAUACCGCUCGUCUGAGACUGUAUGAGCCUCCGAUUGUCGACAAAGAUCUGAUAUCGGCAAUGGCAGAUGCCUUCACGAUGAUCAAUGCGGGUGGCGGAACACCUCUCGAUCGCCUCUACAACACCAGCGCCGCUCUUACAGGGUGGUUUGAGAACUGGUUGUCUGUGCCAGUUCCCCAAUACGCUUGUCAGACCACGGCUGUAGCGGCUCAGCUUGUUUACGCAUUGACAAUGCUUGGAAGAUGGGCUCAGCUUGUGGCACCCAAACCGGUUGGAGAAACCACUGAUACAAGUCGUGGCACAACCGGCUUGGCAUCGUUUGAGCCCAACCCGCAGAAUGCCCGAGGAACAGCUGCCCGAGGAACAGCCGCGUCGCCUCGAACCGUGGAUACCUGCGUAAUAGUACCCCGACUACCUGGUCCACUGACGCCAGCCGAAGGGGUAUUUGACCCAGAUCUACCCGCCGCCGUCGCGCAUUUGCGUGCGCAGCUCAAGACGCAUCCAGGUCUCAUGGUCAAUGUCGGCGAAAUCUUGCUGGCCAUUUGCAAUCGCUUCGAGGCAGCUAACGCUACCUUUCAGAUCUCGUCGACAGACACGAGGAAUGAUGAAGCAAAUGUGUGGAGUAUGACCGCGAUCAAGGUUCGUAUCACCAAGGCGAAGCUGGAAAGAUGGGCCGAUCUUGUCUCUAAGGAGGGCGAGAACCACUCACCCUCGCAGCAACUCAAGGCGGACAUGGAUACGAGUAUGUCAGGAUGGACACCGCAGUCCGCGCCGACCUCCGGCAUGAUGCAAAACGACGGCGGUGCCUGGCAGGGAAUGGACCCCAACAUGCCAACAGAUCAAAUGCAAAAUGUGUAUGGAAGCACCCCGUGGCGAAGUGAUUUGCUUACUGGAGUUGACCCCGCGGUUUGGUUUGAUGGAUACCUUGAUUGGGGUGCAGUCAUUAUGAACUCGAUGGGCACUGUUGAGCAAUAA